UCUUAAGAUGAGGGAUCCUAUCAGCAGCUGCUCUUACAACCUACUGUAUCAAAAUGUGAAACGAUUUUCAAAAAGUGGGGAGAACUUCUGCAAAGAACUUAUGACAGUUUUUCAGCAAAGGGCUGAGCUGGAACUUACUUAUGCUAAAGGACUGCAAAAACUUGCUGGCAAACUCAUCAGGGCCUCCAAAGGAAUGUCAAACAAUUCCACCUACAGUGCCUGGUGUCAUGUGUCAGAUGAGAUGUACUCAAGAGCCGACGCCCACAGAUCAUUAGGAAAUGCAUUUCAACAAGAAGCAAUUCUGGAAAUACGACAAGUCUUAGACGAGCAUAAUAAGAGGAAAAGGCCUCUUGACAGUGCCAUUGAAAGAACUGGAAAACUUGUUACUGCCAAUUGGAGUGAGCAGCUCAAGAUAAAGAAGAAAUUAGUUGGACUGACAAGAGAACAUGAGGCUCUAUUCAACUUUGUUGAGAACAACAAACAGAUUUGCACAGAAAAGGAAAAACAAAAGAUGCUUAACAGGUUGACUAAGUCGGCAGAGAUGCAGGCGCGGGUGGAUGACGAGUACUUUAACAUCAACAUGGAGGGUCAUCAGAUGAGACUCAAGUGGGAAAACACACUGAAAAACUGCUACCAGAUCAUACAGGAGCUGGAGAAACAGCGAAUUGAACUUCUGUGCAACAUUUUGAAUAGAUACAACCUCCACAUGUCCAGUUUUGGGCAGACCCUCAAACAUGGCCAAAGACAGAUACAACAGUUGGUCCAGAGGGUGGAUGUGGAUAAAGACAUACAAAUCCUGGUGGAGGAAAACAGAAUCACAGCUGAAGAUAACAAAGCUGAGUUUUUGAUGGCUGACUAUUUUGAGGAGGACAGCAAAUCACUGAUGGGAAAAGACCGAAGAAGAGAGGCCAUCAAACUCAAACUCCAGCGUCUGGAGGACAGUAUUACAAAAACAAAGAAAGACUGUGAAGGAAUUGAAAAGCUGAUGAAAAUGUACUCUGAAAAUCCUUCAUUCUCAAACCAAAAGAACCUUGAGGAAACUGAACAGCAGCUUGAUGAGAGCACUCUAAAACUGGAUCUCCUCGAGGCAACUCACUACAAACUGUCCGUAUCACUGUUUGAAUUAGAAGGAAAACCCAGGUCCUCUCAUCGAUUUAGUGACAGCAUUGUGAAAUGGAAAGAUAAGGACUGUGAGCACAGUGUUGUUCAACUGACCCGUCAAGUCAAACUCAGGAGGACACCAUUCAGAUCCCGACAGUCACUUAGAGCUUCCAUCAUUUACAAAGGACCGGCUCAGCUUGUGACACAACAGUCUGUGGAGCCUUCACCAGAUGCAAGUGACCAGGUCACCUCCACAGCUUCAACACAUGAAAAGGAAGCUGUAGAGUGUGACAGCACUGUCAAUGGAGCCCUACCUCACACAGGUGAUGACAAAGGAGAGGGUCAAACAUCAGAGUUGCGCAGUAUGGGAAAAUGCAAGGCCCUUUACAACUUCACUCCUGAACAGGAUGACGAAUUGACAUUGAAAGAAGGAGAUCUUCUCGACAUUUACACAAAAGAGGAGAAUGGUUGGUGGUUUGGUGAACUUAAUGGGCAGACAGGCCAUUUCCCGUCAGCCUAUGUUGAGGAGCUGCCUGUCUUUUGUAGUGUCAAAUCAUCUGAUGCCUGACUGACCUGACACAUGAACAACAAAAUGGCAAUGGCUGAAAGGCCUCAUACGAAUUAAAAAUACAAGUCAAGUUCCCGCCUAUGUACUGACUAAUGAUAUUCGUGGCUUUAAAAUUGUUUAUAAAAACAAUAGCACUCAGUUCGAUAAUACAUGUUCCUCUGCUGAUAGGAUCUAUGAUUUUUGUCACUGGUUGCUGGAGUUAUUUUGUAAUGCUGUUAGGAUUCACACUGUAUUUGAACUUUUAUAUCCAAACAAUGAUUUUUUUUUUUUCCAUUAUUUAUGCCACAGUGUACAGCCAAACUCAACUAUUGUGAAGAUUUGAAUAAAUAUGUUUUAAUAGAUUGAUAUGAUUAAUGCAAGUGAAAAUGAAGCCCAGGAAAAUAAAACUAUAUACUUCAGAUGAG